AUGUCCUCAUCUUCCCAACCAUCCGUCAAGUCAGACUUGGGAUUGGAUGAGUCGACUUUGCCUAAUCAAUCAUCUUCACAAUCUUCAAAUAUAAGGUCUAAAUCAUCUUCAAGAAAAAAUUCAAAUAGAAGUUCACCUGUACCACAGGCUGUACCACAGGAGAAAGAGACUAAUGGGAAGAGAAGACGGUCUACUAGAUUGACUGAACAAGAAGAGAAGGAGAAAAGUAAAACCUCAACUCCUAUUAAACAAAAUCAUGAUGAAGAUGAACCUGUAUUAAGUUUGAAGAAAAGAAAAUUUCCCAUUUUGGUUAAACCAAUGGAUCCACCAAAUAAUCGAAAGAAUGGUGUUUCAAAUGGAAUUGUCAAGAAACAAACUAAAUUGAAAAUCAUAAAUGGGAAAUUACAUUUUGAAGAACCUCCAUUAGCAGAUCCAAUGAUUUCAGUUACUGGAUUACCUCUUGAAUCACCACCAAAUGCUAAAAUUAAAAAAGAACGUCUUUGGCCAAGGAAAAAAUUUAAAAAGUCAAAGAACUCCGUUGAACCUGAGGAUCAAAUUGAAGAUGAUUCUAAAAAUGUUUCACCUGAAAUAAGUUUACCACCUGAAGAUAUUGAUAAUAUGUAUCGUCAAAAUUUAAAAACUAAUGAAUAUCAAAAAAAAUUGAAUCAAAGUCAAAUACGUUCGAACAUUAUAAAUCAUAAAGAUUCAAUUAGUACGAAAUCCAAAAAUUCAAAUUCCAAAAUUAUAAUUCCAAUACCCAAACCUAAAUCUGAUGAUUUUAAGAAAACCACCCCAAAAAGCAAUAAAAGUCAACACCAACAACAACAAACACAAGAUGCUUUAACAUCAACACCUAAAAAAUCCAAACCUAUAACAAAUGAUUCCAAACGUAAAGUUAAAAAUGCCUCCCCUAAAAAACUUAGAGAUAAUGUUUAUGGAUUUGAUGAUCCAUUAAAAUUAGUUGGUCAACAAAGAGAAAAUGCUCAUGAUUUUAGUGAUAACACCAAGGAUAAUGAUGAUUUUUGUUCAUCAUGUGGUGAACCUGGUAUUUUCUUAUGUUGUGAAAAUUGUCCCAAAUCAUUCCAUUUUGCUUGUUGUGAUCCUCCAUUAGAUUCUGAUUCAUUACCUGAUGAUGCUUGGUUUUGUAAUGAAUGUAAAUGUCUUACAGCUCCACCAAUUCCAAAUCCACCUGGUUUGUUCCAUCAAUUACUGAAUAAAGUUGAUAAAAGAAAUCCAGUACAGUUCCAAUUACCCAAGAGGCUCAGAGAAAGGUAUGCAAAUGUCAAGACUGGAAAAUAUGGGGAAUAUGAAGAUGAUGACGAUAAACCAAUUAAACAUGGUCCUAAAUCCAUAGGUUGUGACCUAAUAGACUCUGAUAAUAAUCAUUUUGAUAAAGAAGGUAAUAUACUGUAUUGUAUCAAAUGUGGUACUAGUGGUAUUAGUUCUGAUAAAACAAUGGGAAUCCCAAAUAAAGCAAUGACUAUAUGUGAUUAUUGUUCAACUCCAUGGCAUCUGGAUUGUAUUAAUCCUCCAUUAAGUGCAACAAAACAAUUAGGUAAGAAAUGGAAAUGUCCAAAUCAUAUUGAUGAUUUAUUACCUUUUAAACAAAGAAGAUUGAAAAAUCCAAAAAUUAUUGAUGUUGAUCAAAUUCAUAAUUUUAAAAAUGAUGGUGAUAUAGAAAUUAAAUUGACUGAGGAAGUAGAGGAUUCAGAGGAAGAAGAUGAUAGUGAAAUUUCAAUUCAUGAAAUUCCAACACCUUCAUAUAUGAUGAAUAGAAAUACUGAAGAUGGUGUAGCUGCCGAAAUACCAAAUUCAACAUUAAAACUAUGGGAUGAUAAAACUACAAUUUUUAGAAUUUCAGAAGAAGGUAUAAAAGCAGAUUUCCUAGAGAAGGUUAAGAAGGAUAAAGAACAAGAGAAAUUGUCCAUACAAAAAGAACUAAUAAGAUUAAAACAAGAAGACCAUAAACUUUUGAAGAAGUUGAUUGGAAAUGAAACGAAUCAUUCCCUUGAAGAAAAAAAAGUCAUAAAAUCAUUUAUUGAUUUACCUGAAAUUGGUAUACAUGAUUUAGCUAAUGUUGCAAAAGAAGAAUUAGAUAAAUUAAAUCAACCAAAACCACCAAAACCAAGUAAACCCCAAAGAAUUACACGGAAUGGCGAAAAGAAGAAGAAUUCAAAUGAACUAAGUAAAAAUGAAAUGGAUGAUCUUUUAAUGAUUAAAAAACUUAUUGCUUUAAAGGGAACAAAUCAAUUAAUGGAGUUUUUGAAAAGUUGA